AUGAGUGAGGCGGUUAUACCAGCAGAAUCAGGUGGUUCUAAAGAUUCUUUGAGCCUGCAAAAUAAUAAAUAUGGGGAAGAACCAGCAGCUGUGGAAAUUCCGGCCAAGCCGGCGUCAGCUUACUUGACAGUUUCUAUUAUGUGUUUGUUUGUUGCUUUCGGUGGGUUUGUGUUUGGUUGGGAUACUGGUACUAUUUCUGGGUUUGUUAGGCAAACAGAUUUUGUGAGGAGGUUUGGUCAGACACGGGCUGAUGGUAGUCAUUAUUUAUCGGAUGUUCGUACUGGUUUAAUCGUGUCUAUUUUCAACAUUGGAUGUGCUAUCGGUGGUAUUGUGUUGUCUAAGUUGGGUGACAUGUAUGGCCGUCGUAUUGGGUUGAUGUGUGUCACCCUAGUUUACGUCGUUGGUAUUGUCAUUCAGAUCAGUUCGACUGAUAAAUGGUACCAAUAUUUCAUUGGAAGAAUUGUUUCUGGUCUUGGUGUCGGUGGUAUUGCUGUUUUGUCUCCAAUGUUGAUUUCUGAGACUUCUCCAAAGCAUUUGAGAGGUACUUUGGUCUCCUGUUACCAGUUGAUGAUUACUGCAGGUAUUUUCCUUGGUUACUGUACUAACUAUGGUACCAAGAAACACAGCGACGCCGUUCAAUGGAGAGUUCCUCUUGGGUUAUGUUUCGUCUGGGCUGCCUUCAUGGUGGCUGGUAUGGCUAUGGUUCCAGAAUCACCACGUUACUUGGUUGAGGUUAACAAAAUCGAGGAGGCCAAAAGAUCUCUUGCUAGAUCGAACAAGGUUUCUAUGGAGGACCCAUCUAUCCAGGCCGAAAUUGACAACAUCCAAGCAGGUGUUGAAAUUGAGAGAAUGGCUGGUAAUGCAUCUUGGGGUGAAUUGUUCUCUACCAAGACUAAAAUUCUGCAGCGUUUGAUCAUGGGUAUCAUGAUCCAAUCUCUACAACAAUUAACCGGUAACAACUACUUUUUCUAUUAUGGUACUACUAUCUUCCAAUCUGUUGGUAUGGAAGAUUCAUACCAAACAGCCAUUGUGUUAGGUGUUGUUAACUUUGCCUCCACCUUCGUUGCUAUUUACGUUGUCGACAAGUUUGGCAGAAGAAAGUGUUUGUUAUGGGGUGCCGCCGCUAUGGCUGUCUGCAUGGUUAUCUUUGCAUCUGUCGGUGUUACCAAAUUAUGGCCAAACGGCGAUGACCAACCCGCAUCCAAGAGUGCUGGUAACAUCAUGAUUGUUUUCACCUGUUUCUAUAUCUUCAGUUUCGCAACCACUUGGGCUCCAAUUGCCUACGUUAUUGUUGCAGAAACCUUCCCAUUGAGAGUUAAGGCCAAGGGUAUGGCCAUUGCAACCGCUGCCAACUGGAUUUGGGGUUUCUUGAUUGGUUUCUUCACACCAUUCAUUACAACCGCCAUCAAAUUCUACUAUGGUUACGUUUUCAUGGGCUCUCUAAUAUUCUCUUUCUUCUACAUCUUCUUCUUCGUCCCAGAGACUAAAGGAUUGACUCUAGAAGAGGUGGAAGAGAUGUGGCAAGAAGGUGUCUUACCAUGGAAAUCUUCCCAAUGGGUUCCUGCUUCCAGAAGAGAUGCUGGCUACGACGCAGAGGCUUUCAAACAUGAUGAGAAGCCAUGGUACAAGAGAAUGAUGUAA